UGGGUUCCGCACACGUGGGGGCGGGGCCUACGGACGGCUUCACAGCAUGGCCGCCGCCGCCGCCGCCGCUGCGGGGUUCCUGAGCUCCGAGAGCCGGGUCCGGGCCGGGGCUGUCGGGGGCCUGCGGAUCCCGGCCCCGGUCACCAUGGACAGCUUCUUCUUCGGCUGCGAGCUCUCCAGCCACGCCCGUUCCUUCACCUUCAAGGUCGAGGAAGAGGACGACGCAGAGCACGUGCUGGCCCUGACCAUGCUCUGCCUCACCGAGGGAGCCAAGGACGAGUGUAACGUGGUGGAAGUGGUGGCCCGGAACCACGACCACCAGGAGAUCGCAGUCCCUGUGGCCAACCUCAAGCUGUCUUGCCAGCCCAUGCUCAGUUUGGAUGACUUUCCGCUCCAGCUGCCUGUGACCUUCCGCCUGAAAUCGGGCUCUGGCCCGGUGCGGAUUACCGGGCGGCACCAGAUUGGUGAGAGCAGGGCCGGCCCGCUGCCUCGCCCCCCGGGGACUCGCUCUACAUCCUCCUCCGGCACUCCCCCGUCCAGACCUGCAUGCCCGCCCCGCGGUGCCCUGAGCUCCACGUCCUCUCCACCCGGCCCCACCAAGCCUCCUGCUUCCUGCAGUCUGCCCAUUUCCCCAGCUCCAGUCACUAUAAGCAAUGAUGUUUCUGAGGAGGAAGAGGAAGCUGAGUUGUGCCCCAUCCUUCCUGCCAACAAGCAGGGGGCCGGGCCCUAGCCCUCCUCGGUCAGGCAGCUUCUGCUGCAUGUGCCAUGCCCAGUGUUCCUGGACGCGUUUCAAGAACUGUAAAUGUUUCUUCUCCGUGGAAGAGAGAGAGUUCUGGAGCAGAGAUUGGGUGGGAGGGACCUGGGCCGGUGCUAGGAGAGAAGGGGGCUUUGCCUUUGGACCUGGGACUCCCCUUUCUGUAAGGUAGGAGGGACUCUGAACUUCUAUCCUGACCCUCCCUCCCCACCUGCCUGUGAGGAUUGGACGUUGGUAUCUGCAGCUCUUUUUAACACUUUUUACAUUUUUAGAUAAAGGCUGAAAUAAAGUGAUGUGGGUUUUUUGCAACUCA